AUGUUCAUUUUAUUCGUAGCCUUUAUAAUUUCUUUUACUAAAGCAGAAAAUAUUUAUAGUGUUUCUUAUGCUAAUGGUAAAUUAUCAGUUGUUGAUGUCUAUGAAGAUAAAAAAUGUUAUAAAAUCAGUAUAUCAACAUCUGUGAAGUAUGUUUAUGUAGCUGCAACAGACUCUAGUGCUGCAAAGAUUGAACAAUAUACUUAUCUUGUAAAAGAUUGUAGUGAUGAAACUAUCCAACCUGAAGAUUUCCCAGUUACUGCAAAAAAAGAUAUUAAGACGAGUAAUGCUAAUAGAUACUAUCUUUACAAUGAGGAACCAGAUAAUAUGAAAACUGAAUGUAGCCUUACAACUAAUAAUGAAUAUGAUGAUGAUAGCUGUACCAUUAAAGUUUCUGAAGUAGUUUCAUAUAUGUGUAAUAUCCCAAAAAACGUUGAAUGUCAUCAACAUUCUCAAACUAAUUUCUAUUAUAAAACACAAACUAAAGUUGGUUAUUAUGGUACAUUCUAUUUCCUUGAUAAGAAUUGUACUCAAGAGGCAAACUUUGGAAAAAGUAUGAACAAAUGUGGAGUAUGUUCACCGAUUUUAGUUCCAUUAGAUAAAGACAAACAGGUAAUAUAUUCAAUAUAUCAAUGUGAAGAUGAGUGUAUUACUGAUGGAUCUGUUAGUACUUUUAUUGCUAUGAUUAUUGUUGUUCUUUUCUUCUUUUUUUAA